AGAGGAGCAUUUGGAGUCGUCAAGAUAUGUGAGCAUAGAGCAACCGGAAAGUUAUAUGCAUGCAAGAUUGUAAAAAAAAAGAUUGGAAGUACAGCCAGCUACGAACAGCUGCAGCGUGAAGUCAGCAUUAUGAAAGCAGUUCAUCAUCCACACAUUGUUCAGUUACAACAGGUUUUGGAAUCACCAAAAAAAAUGUGCAUGUUUAUGGAGUACUGCGAAGGAGGUGAAUUGGUUCAAACAGUUCGAAAACGUGGCAUGUGCACUGAAGACGAAACAAGAAUGAUUUUUGUUCAGUUGAUUGACGCUGUUUCAUAUUUGCACAAACAUGGAGUAGUACAUCGAGACAUCAAGCCUGAAAAUAUACUGCUCAAAUCAAAUCAUCCAUCCAAACUUUAUAAUAUCAAGGUUGCAGAUUUUGGACUCGCAUGUUUUGCAGACAGCAUGAAUCGCGUCGAAAAUGUAGCUGGCACUCCAAUGUACAUGGCACCGGAAAUCAUUCAUCAUUUGGGAUACAAUCACUCGUGCGAUAUCUGGAGCAUUGGUGUCAUGUUUUAUUUAUUACUUUCACAUUACCACAAGGAUGCAGAAUUACUCGUUCAAGAUAUGCUUAAAAACGGAAAGAUAGAGUAUCCAGAUAAACUAUGGGGUAAAAUCAACCCAUCAGCCAAGAAUUUAAGCGAGCUUAUUCUGCGGUACGAUCCUGCAAAGCGAAUCAGCGCAGCAGAGAUUCUACGACAUCCAUGGACACUUAAUCAGUCAAUGGAGUCUUCACAAUUAAACGCCAAUGUGCUGGACAUGAUGCGAUCUUACAAUGCCGAGCAAAGACUACGACGUGGAAUAAUUACUGUUGUUGCAGCACUUCGA